AUGGCCCACGACCCUGGAUUUCUUCCGAAACCCGUAGCCCUGUGUAAGCAACAGCUGAGAAGUGAGGAUUCUUUGCUGAGCGAAUUUAUCCUGGCUCUGGCUUGGCAGAUUUGGGUUACGCGUGCUGGCGCCAUUUUUGAAAUAAAAUCCUUUCUGAAGAACGGAGAUCACGAAGUCUGCAUCCGGCCACGUGCGUUUUCCUUCGGGGCGCAGAGCGUCCCACCACGUAAGCUGUGGCAUGGGCAGGACUCUAUCCUGCUGGCGCCACACAGCACCUUGGCCUGGCGCUGGCAGGUUUACCACUCUGCCAAAGUUGCCCCUUCCGGGCCGAAAAGUUGCUUCGGAGCGCAUCGUAGCGCAUCCGGCCACGUGCGUUUUCCUUCGGGGUGCAGAGCGUCCCACCACCCUGAAUCCAACGUUACGAGACACGGCACUGUGAGUUUCUAUAGCUCAAGGUUUGAAGAUGGGGGGCCGACUUCCAUCAAACGCAGCGGGAGUUUGCGAGACCGAAGCCCAGAUAGAUUCCUCGAAAGUGCCAGUUUACUGAGGGAAAUGCGGCAGCGAGACACCAGCGGCUUCGAUACGAUCGGAAGAUGCAGGAGCCCGGAAUCAUACGUGAACACUUCGACGCCGUAUUCGACUGUGAAGUCUGGGUACAAUAAGUCGCACAGGACUCACUCAGAAAGUGGAGAUCACUACCAAUUGAUCGACUCAGCAAGGCAUAAAUAUUCUCCUUCGGACCCUUCUUACACACCUAAGACACCAAAGCGUUCUGCAAGUCUGGAUAGAAGACCGAGCUUCGAGAGGAAUUACAAUAACAGUAUGAAUCGAGACGGUUCCACUUGGCGGGCACGGGAAGGUUCUUGGCCCCGGUACACGGACACAGUCAGCAGCAAGAACUCCAACACGAGUACCUGGAAAACCCGAACCCAUCAGUCCUACAACUACAUGGAGGGCGACACUCCGGAAAGACGUUCUCGACGCGACGAUCGCAGCGUGUCACCUGUUCAGAGAUCAGGGUCGCUCCGGAGGGACGCCUCUCCGAUCCGCCCCGGCUACGGCGGCGAAGACCAGGACCCCCGCUACAACACCUACGCCUCCAACAACACGUACGCCACGAUCGAACGCGAGUCUCGCACCCGGACCCGCGGCGGCAGUGGCGGCGGCGGCGGCGGCGGCUCGCACGAAACCCACAGCCACCACCAUCACCGACGCGACGACAGCGGCUCUGGCUCAGAGUCCAGGUCCAGGUCGCCGUCGACGAGUCGACAUCGACACGGUCGACAGCGGGACGCGUCGCCCAUCAUGCCGGGUUACGGCACCGACGCUGACCCCAGCAAAAUCGUCAGGUCCUACAAUUACCAGUACAUGGGCGACGGGUCCGGGUCCCGAAGCCCGUCCCCCAACUCCAUCCGGAGGUACUUUUCGCAAAAGUCCAUCGAGGAGAAGCACAGGCCGUCUCGCUCUACUACGCCACUGAUCAACAAUCAUCAUCAUCACCAUCAAUACGAUCAACGAUCAACGACAAGAAAGGACCGAUACGACGCCGAUGACGCGUUUUACAAAAUGCUAAACGAUAUCUUGCACGGAGGCGAACGACAGACAGGAAUGUCUCUCAUUGAACGGAAGUAUCCGGCGGAUGAAAGCGACAUCCAGGAAAAUUCAAAAACGAAGGAUGAACGCAGGCCAGAAGAUGAGGCCGAUGUCCCCAUGUGGACUGCUGAAGUCUAUGCCUUCAACUUCACCAAGACUCCCUCCCCAGAGCCACCAGCCGUGAUUACCAGGACCAUUACCACAGAAGAACAUCUGCGACAAACGCUGAGAACUCUGGAUCGAGUCCCGUCCGCAUCCCGGAAAAAGUCGACUGCGGAAAAAUCCGUUUCCACUGUUGAAUCCACUUCGAAUCACAUGAUAGAACCGUCAAGGCACAAGAUCAAGUAUGUGCGAAAAGAACCUGAAAGACCACCAACUCCAUUGGGAGAAAGGAUUUACCCAAAGAACAUCACGAAUUCGGAUGUGGGAAGUCAAAGACCGCCGAAACAAGUGGAUGAAUUGAUGGCGUCCUUUUCUGGGCAACAACUGCACGAGUACAGGAACGUGGGACCUGGUUUGUCGCAGAUCAGGUCAUCGACCCCGAAGCCCGAGAAGAAGGUGGAGAUUGACGAAACCAGGAUCGUUGUGAAGCACACAGACAAUAACAUUAGUGACGAGCAGAAAAAGAUUGUGCCUUCGAAAGCAGGACCUGCGGUUUAUUACCCACCCGGGUUCGAAUCUACUUUGCAAAAGCGGGAAGAGGGCAAGGCUGUUCCACUGUGGAUGAGUGGUGAAGCAGAAAUGUCCAGAGGCAGCUACAAGUACAAGUCCCGAUCGAAAUCCAAGGAGAAGAAGGGCGCCGUUGCUGUCCCAGUUUGCUUGCCAGUCUGCUGCGCUGCUCCCUUGUGCUGUUCUGUCAUGUAAAAAAAAAAAAGAAGUAAAAAGAAAAACACCGCGAUGUAUACUUCCAUGUGUUAAAAACAGGGUAUUUUUAAACAAAGAAAAAAUCUAAUGUAAUGACGAGCCGCAUCCAGUAACUUCAAAUCCUCGAUAGUUCUGCGAAAGAAAAGAAGAAAAAAAAAACUGUCCAGUAACAUAUUGAUGUGUAGGCAUCAUUUUGUCUCAAUUUUGGGCAAAAAAAAAUACGGUACAGUAUAUCUUUUCUUUUCGUCGGCUUGUCAAAAUCUGUUCUUCUUAUAUUCGGGGGUCAGUCAGAGAAGGUGCACAAAAAAAAAGGUAUGCAAAUAUUAACUUUCCUCAUCAUCAUGUGUAACUUCAGAUUUUUUUUUUUUUUUUUGCUUUAAAAAAAAGGUGACCUUCCAUUCACUUGGAACCUUAAAUUCGACUCAUUUUCAUGUGUGUUACCUUUGUGAAUUUCGACAUUAUUACGUUCUGCGUGUCUGCUGUUGAUGGAAUGUCAUUCUUUUCAGCCGGUUUUUUUUUUUAUGAAACCGGGAAACAAGAAAAAGGGCGGCUUUUUUGCGCUUUUGGAUUCGGCGGGCAGCAAGCAGGCGAAAAAAAAAUCCUUUUUUUUUUUAGGGGAAAUGAAACCGGUUAACUUAAGGUUUGUGUGAUGUGAGGGCAUAAGUGAAACGAUUUUGUAUGCAUUCGUGCGAUCCUAAAGGAGAAACCGCUAGUAAAGCUGAUCACUAACACGA